CUGCAGACCAGUUUUGGCUGGUACAUCGAAUUGACUAGCUACUUGUCACUCAUCCACAGGAAGAACUUUUCGUGUCUGCAAGUAGUUGCAAUGGCUGCCCCAAUUUCUACCGUUGCGGAGACCAAGGAGCUCCGGGGUUUGAACCUCAUUGCUGCUCAUUCGCAUAUUCGAGGCCUCGGCGUUGAUGUCGACUCUUUGCAGCCCAGAGCCUCCUCCCAGGGUCUUGUGGGUCAGGAAAAGGCCCGCAAGGCCGCCGCUGUCAUCCUGCAGAUGGUGAAGGAAGGUAAAAUUGCUGGUCGGGCUGUGUUGAUCGCAGGGCCUCCCAGCACGGGUAAAACAGCCAUCGCCAUGGGAAUGGCUCAAUCCCUUGGACCGGAUGUUCCCUUCACCAUGCUUGCUUCUUCCGAAAUCUUCUCCAUGGAGAUGUCUAAGACGGAGGCUCUCACGCAAGCUUUCCGGAAGUCUAUCGGGGUUCGCAUCAAGGAGGAAAGUGAAAUCAUUGAGGGUGAAGUCGUGGAGAUCCAGAUCGAUAGAAGUGUGACCGGUGGAAACAAACAAGGAAAGCUCACAAUCAAGACGACGGAUAUGGAGACAAUCUAUGAUAUGGGAACAAAGAUGAUUGACUCGAUGACCAAGGAGAGAGUGAUGGCAGGGGACAUCAUUUCUAUCGACAAGUCUUCCGGCAAAAUCACCAAGUUAGGACGUUCUUACGCACGCUCCCGGGAUUAUGAUGCCAUGGGCGCCGAUACCAAAUUUGUGCAAUGCCCUGAAGGUGAGCUUCAGGUUCGCAAGGAGAUCGUACACACUGUUAGCCUGCACGAAAUCGACGUCAUCAAUUCGCGAUCACAGGGUUUCUUGGCCCUCUUCUCGGGUGACACGGGCGAGAUCCGGAGUGAGGUCAGGGAUCAGAUCAACACCAAGGUGGCUGAGUGGAAGGAAGAAGGCAAGGCCGAGAUUAUCCCCGGUGUUCUGUUCAUCGAUGAGGUGCAUAUGCUGGAUAUCGAAUGUUUCUCGUACAUCAACCGUGCUCUGGAGGCGGAGCUGGCACCCAUUGUUAUUAUGGCCAGCAACCGUGGCCACUCCCGGAUCCGCGGCACUACCUACAGCUCUCCGCACGGAUUGCCUUUGGACUUCCUUGACCGGGUGGUCAUUGUCAGCACACAGCCCUACUCUGCGGACGAGAUCAGACAGAUCUUGGCCAUUCGGGCACAGGAAGAGGAGAUCGAUCUCUCACCCGAUGCCUUGGCACUUUUGACGAAAAUCGGCCAAGAAUCAAAUCUGCGAUACGCUAGCAACAUCAUCACUACAUCUCAUUUGCUCAGCCAGAAGCGCAAGGCAAAGGAAGUUAGCAUUGAUGACGUGCAGCGCAGCUAUCGCCUGUUCUACGACCCUGCUCGGAGCGUCAAGUUUGUCAACGCAUAUGAGCAGCGGUUCAUUGGCGAUCAAGGUGCAGUGAGCUUCACUGCCCCCACAAAUGGCGAUGCCAUGGAACUGUCAUAGAGUUGAUUUCAUAAGGACGUUCUGGAGUUAUGCAAAGACGGUCAUGCACGGAUCUGUUUUUCAGUGAUCAGAUGUCGCAGAUAGUCAAGGAGUAAUCCAGCCACUCCCUCGUCUACUUGACUCGAUCUGUUUGUUGUUGUUUUCCCAUCAAUUGCUUGAUGUAUGAUAUUGCCGGCGCUUUUGAGAAGUCAAUGUAUGGGCACUUUGAUUUUAGGGUCAAAUUUUAGUCAAAAGUGAGCCUAGCCUAGGCUCGAAUGAUAAUGAUGAGAUUAAUAUUCCC